UGUGACACGAGAAUUUUAUAUAUUAGAUGUAUAUCAUUAUUCACUUAAAAAUUUCUAAAUCCGCUCCUGGCGUGACCCCCACCAAAGGAACCCAGAUCGGAAAAACAGGCAGCCUUCGCGCAUUAUAAAAUAGAGCAUUUGUUACCUCUUUCUCUUCUAACCUCUUUGGGUUAACCAGAGAAAUUUUAAAUUUAUUUGAGUUUUUAAUUAAUUAUUGUUAAAAGUAUAAGACUUUGGUAUAAGACAAAGGAGUUAAACUUCAAUAUACUAUGUGUUACUAACUGUGGUUACUAAUAAGUGUGUAAAAUGCCAUUGUUUAUUUACCUAUUCUACAUAUAGCCAGAUUAUAGAUAUUGUGUAAUAAAUAUAUAAGAUAUUUUUAAUUUGACGAAGGUGCCUUUUAAAACCAAAAAUGGAAAUGCCCAGUGAAAUCAGGGAUUGGAAGAAAACUUCUGAACUAGGUUCGGGAGCAUUUGGUACUGUGAUGUUAUGGAAAAAUGAUAAUACAAAUGAAUUUAUUGCAAUUAAAAAAUGUAAAUUUCUGAAGCCCAGUGCCCUUUCAACAAAGCAAAAAGAACGGUGGCAUAAGGAAGUAGAAUUUAUACAAAGUGUUGACCAUCCAAACAUUAUAAAAUUUAAAAAACUUCCAUUAGAGCUGGAGGUUUUCUUAAACAAAUAUAAUCCCUCAAAGUUGCCACUUUUAUCAAUGGAAUAUUGUAGAAAGGGUAAUUUAAGGAAAUACUUAACAAGUGAGCCUUUAAAAUUAUGUGGUUUAAUGGAAGAUGAUGUUAAAUGUAUUCUCAACGAUAUUUCGAAUGGUUUAAAAUAUUUACACAAUAAGAAUAUUACCCAUCGUGACCUGAAGCCUGAAAAUAUUGUUUUACAACAUUGUGAUAAUCGGAAAGGCCAAAUUAUUUACAUAAUUAUAGAUUUGGGCUAUGCAAAAGAACUACAAGAUAGUACAUUAAGUUUUGUUGGUACUUUGCAAUAUUUGGCCCCUGAAAUUUUUUGUUGUAAAUCUUACACCAAAAGUGUAGAUUACUGGUCAAUGGGUUUGAUAGCUUUUGAAAUAGCCUGUGGAAUUUUACCAUUUUUACCAGAAUUAGGUCCAUUUGAAAGAUAUGAAAAAAUACGCAAUAAAUCAUCUGAUGAUAUAUGUAUAUUUAUGUCUUACGCAGGAGUUGUUACAACCUCUAAACAUAUAAAAAAAGAAAAUUUUUUAACUAGCUACCUAAAAGAAAGUUUAGAAAUAUGGCUAAAAAAUAUACUGCAAUUUGAUGCUCCCAGUAGAAUUAAAAUAGAUGAAAUAGAGUCUUUAGACUAUUUAAACAGUUUUUUAAAUACAAAAGUUAUUAAAGUUUUUUCGGUAUAUAAUUACGAAUUUUAUUCAUAUAAGUUUUCUGACUGUAAGCCUUGCACUCUUAAAAGUUUGAUUUCAAGAGAUAUUGAAGUACCCGAGGAAGAGUUAUUUUUCUUAUUUACGGAUAAAAACUGUGAUAAUGAAUCAAAUAUUAUAUGCACCAUAGACAAAUUAAAUAUAAUUAAACAUUUAUUGAGAGAAGAGCAUUGUAUGAUUUAUGUUUUUAGGAAAGGUUUUGAAUUACAAAAACCUAAACAUGAUCUUCCUAAAUUAAUAAGAGAGACUUUUAACGUAUCUCAAACAUUUAAUGUCAAAUUCAUUAAAGCUCUCUACCGUGAGGCCUUGUUCUUUAUUUAUAAACAAUGUCAGAUAGAAAUAGAAUUAGAGAAAGCUUUUACAUUAUUAAUUGACCAUAUCAAACAGAUAGAAUCGUCUUUAUUAAUAAAUAAUACUAAGAUAUCUGAUAUUUUUAAGACUGUUCUUGCUAAGAUUAAUGUACAUGAUAGGAAUAAAUUUAUCACUUCGUCAUCUUCAAACAAACUUGAACUUUUCCAAUGUUUGAAGUGCUAUGAACGUCUACUGUCAAACUUGGAGAGGAGGGAUAAAAAUCUUAGAACAUUUAGAAGAGAAACGCAGAUUUUAAAAACGUGUGUUGAGGAUUCAAGAAAUGGGAUUGAAAAUAUAUUUCAGACAAGCAAAUUUAUCGACAGAUUGAAUCAAAUAAAUUGCAAGAAAAUUUUGGAAAGAAAACCUGGUGGCGACUACACUAAAGAUUUUUUAGAAAGAAUAAAUGAAGUGGUUAAUUCAACACUAAAAUUAAAAUACUGCAUCUUUGAAAAGGAUAAGUACAUUCAAAAUUACACUACGAAUGUAUGGAAAUUGCUGAAGCAUUCUGAAAGUUUAUUGUUGUGGACAGACGAUUUUAUUGAUAGUAUUGACAAGCUGGCUGUAGAAUUACAGAGAUUGGAAAAUUGGCAUGCUGAUAUUUUAGUAAAUAAUCAGGAAAUAAAUAAUCAUGCCCGUCCUUUCUUAAGUUUUAAUCCAGAAGAUACCUUUGAAAUUAUUGCCAAAAAUGAUUGCUUGAGACAAAAGUUGGAUAAUAUAUACAGUCUUCUUUAAGCGCUCCUUUUUUAUUUUUGUGUGAUGAAAAAUGUUGUGCAAACAUGUGCAAUUAAUGAUAUACCAAAUAAUGUGAUGAGUGAGGCCAUAUAUGUAACCUAUAUUUAUAAAUUUUAAUAUUUAAUUGUUUCUAUUUUUUAUAGAAUAAAAAAUAUAAAGAUUGUUAAAUA